GUCCCUGUCGUGGAUCCACGAAAGUUUGCUCCUCCGCUCGCCGCGUAGCAGCCAUGUGGGCCUGCGCAUCCGCCAAGUUCCAGAAGCCACGCCACCGAGGCACCGAUAGCUUGCAGCAGCAGCAGAUUUAAGGCAGCCUGAGACCGGUGAGAUAGCGAGAAGCUAGAUCGAUCGAGCACUCUGGUUGCCGGACGAUGGCCGCGCGGGCGCCGCAGCUGGGGCAGGGGCAGAGGGUGAUGGUGGCGGUGGACGAGAGCGAGUGCAGCCGCCACGCGCUGGAGUGGGCGCUGCGGAACCUGGCGCCCACGCUGGCGCCGCCGCUGCUGCUGCUCACCGUGCAGCCGCUCGUCCCCCUUGGAUACGUCUCCGCCGCCUCCUUCGGCGCCCCUCUGGGCACCGUUCCCCCUGUAGCUCCGGAGCUCAUCAAAUCGAUGCAGGAUCAGCAGAGGGAGCUCACGCGGGCGCUCCUCGACAAGGCCAAGGCCAUCUGCGCGGAGCAUGGGGUUCCAGUAGAGACAAUUGUUGAGGUAGGAGAUCCGAAGGAGAUGAUAUGUGAAGCAGCUGAGAAAAAAAAUGUCAAUCUGCUAGUCCUUGGAAGCCACAGUCGUGGGCCUAUACAAAGGUUGUUUCUUGGGAGCGUUAGCAACUACUGCGUUCAUCAUUGCAAGUGUCCAGUUCUUGUUGUGAAAAACCAAGGCUGAGGAUUCAUGCAUAGAUCAACUUCCAAUGUUGUCGUAAUUCUGUUUGGGCAUUUAUCAACAUAUAUUAUACACAAUAAUGGGCAAGAUAAUGUUAGUAUUACUUUAGCCAAACACAUUUGGCAAAUAAAGCAUUUUGCUUCAGGACAUUGGAGUGGAGGCUGACAAAAGAGGGGUUUUUUCGUUGAUCAGUAGUGUCUUGCUUCCACACUGGCAUAUGCAUAUUCCGGUUCCGCAGAACUGUAAAUAAGAACUUACUAUGAACUUUGUGCGAAUGCUGUGUCCACCAGCAGAGGCCGGAAUUGUAAGGUUGGUGCUCGCUUUUAUGUUAUGAUCUAUCUUAAUUUUUUGGAGGCGUGGAAACGCUCACAUACAAGUACAAA